UGAUGGUCAGGAAUAGCCGGGCCUGAGAGGCCGGCGCCCUUAGGGGCGGGGCGGAGGAGAGGAGAAUGUCAGCCCCCAGCCGCCCCGGAACUAUGAGUUUACACAACGCUGAGGCCUCUCAGGGCACCGGCACCGGCAGCGGGAGUAGGCCCGAGGCUCAACGAGAGCCAGGAGUCGUUCCCGCCUCAGCCCAGAUCCCGGCCCGGGCCUCCACAUCCGAGUCCAGUAUCGUAUCUGAGUGGCGAACCAUUUCUUACUCGCUUUCCAGCCACCAGUCGAACACUUCCACACCCGAUGCGGACGACUCCUGGACCUCCAGCGUGCCUUCCCAGCUGGGUCCCGAGACUAGGCUAAGAACUGAUAGCAACUCUAACAUCGGCCUUUGGGACUUUCGCACUUACAGCCUGCCUAGCCGGACCUCCAUUUCAGACAGAGUCUCCAGCACCUCUGAGGCGGUUGCCCCCGACUCCAUCCUGGAUAGCGAUAGUCUCUGGGUAACAGUAACUGAACCUCCUACAUCUAAUAACAUCCCCAGGGGAUCGGUACAAGGAUCCAUCCAGGCCUUAAUGCCCGGCUCCCUCACGGUAUUGGUACCAAGCUCUGCACCCAGUAGCACUUCAGAAAUAUCUGGACAUGGCUACUCCCUUCCCUCAUUGUUCAACUACCCCCGGUUUUCCGUUCGAGUACCUGCAGCACCAAAUAACACCCCCCGAGUGUCAUUACAAGAAACCUCGGUAACCCGCUCCCCCCAAGUACAUGUACAAAAAUCUGUCCCCUUCUCGGGCUCUUCCUUACCGUCCAUUCAGGGGUCCCCCCUGACCUCAGUGCCUAACACCGCAAGGAAAUCAGUACAAGAACCAGUCUUGUCCUUAAGCUCCUCGCUAGUGUCCGUUCAGGGGCCCCCCCCGCCCUCAAUGCUGAGCAACGCAAGGAAUUCGGUACAAGAACCGGUCAUGUCCUUGAGCUCUUCGCUACCGUCCAUUCAGGUGACCCCCCUGCCCCCAGCGCUCAGCACCCCACGGAGUUCAGUACAAGAAGCUGUCAAAGUCUAUGGCUCUUCCAGAGGGUUGUUACCAGAGUCCAGCCCGCCCCCAGUGUUCCGCCCCCUUAGGCGUUCACAACAACCUCCUACGCUGGUGAACUCCUCCCAAAUGUCUGCAAGAGUGUCCACCCAGGGCUCAGUGCCAAGUACCAGUCGAAUCUCGGUGGAGGAACUGGAUCCGCCUUGGGACUCCCCCAGGAUAUCAAUAAAAGUAUCCGCUCCGCCCUCAGGGCGGGACUCUGCCCAGCUAUCUUUGGAAGAAUCGGCUCCGCCCCGGGGCUCAGCAGGAGAGUCUAUAGAAGAGUCCUCCCAGCUCUUGGCCAGCCUCUCUCCUGUAUCCACGCCAGGGGAGACUGUCAACCAGAGCAUGGCGAGUCGGGAGAAGGCGAGCCUCUCAGGCCAAAUGUUCGACGUAGUCGUGAUAGGAGGUGGCAUCUCAGGAUUGUCUGCUGCUAAACUGUUAGCUGAACAUGAAGUUAAUGUUUUGGUUUUAGAAGCCCGGGACAGAGUUGGAGGUAGAACGUACACCGUAAGAAAUAAACAUGUUGAUUACGUAGAUGUUGGCGGGGCUUAUGUUGGACCCACCCAGAACAGGAUCCUAAGGUUAUCUAAGGAGCUGGGCUUAAAAACUUACAAAGUGAACGUGAACGAGCGUGUUGUACAAUAUGUCAAGGGGAAAACUUACCCAUUUCGGGGUGCCUUCCCUCCAGUCUGGAACCCCAUCGCAUAUCUGGAUUACAACAACUUGUGGCGGACAAUGGAUAACAUGGGAAAGGAGAUUCCAGCUGAUGCACCAUGGAGUGCCCCACAUGCUGAAGAAUGGGACAGAAUUACGAUGAAAGAACUUAUUGAUAAAAUCUGCUGGACACAGACUGCUAAGCAGUUUGCGUAUCUCUUUGUGAACAUCAAUGUGACCUCUGAGCCUCAUGAGGUUUCUGCCCUAUGGUUCUUGUGGUAUGUGAAGCAGUGCGGUGGAACCACUCGGAUAUUCUCAGUUACCAAUGGGGGCCAGGAACGGAAGUUCGUAGGUGGAUCUGGUCAAGUGAGUGAACUGAUAAUGCGCCGCCUCGGGGACAGAGUGAAGCUAAGUCAACCUGUUACCUGUGUUGACCAGUCAGGUGACAACAUCAUCAUAAAGACAUUGAAUCAUGACGUUUAUGAGUGCAAAUAUGUAAUUAGUGCCAUCCCUCCAACUCUGACGGCCAAGAUUCACUUUAAUCCAGAGCUGCCAUCGGAGAGAAACCAGUUAGUGCAACGUCUUCCAAUGGGAGCUAUCAUUAAGUGUAUGAUGUAUUACAAGGAAGCCUUUUGGAAGAAGAAGGACUACUGUGGUUGUAUGAUCAUCCAAGAUGAGGAGGCUCCCAUUUCGAUAACCCUGGAUGACACCAAGCCAGAUGGAUCACUGCCUGCUAUCAUGGGCUUCAUUCUUGCUCGAAAAGCCAUCCACCUAACUAAACUCCAAAAAGACCAAAGAAAGAAAAUAAUCUGUGAGUUGUACUCCAAAGUACUGGGAUCUGAAGAAGCUUUACAACCAGUGCAUUAUGAAGAAAAGAACUGGUGCGAAGAACAGUACUCCGGGGGCUGUUACACCGCCUACUUUCCUCCUGGCAUCAUGACUCAAUAUGGAAGGGUGAUUCGUGAACCAGUAGGCAGGAUUUAUUUUGCUGGAACGGAGACAGCCACACAUUGGAGCGGAUACAUGGAAGGAGCUGUUGAAGCUGGAGAGCGAGCAGCUAGAUCGAUUUUGAAUGCUCUGGGGAAGGUGACAAAGCAAGACAUUGAAGAGCCUGAAUCGGAGGAUGUUCCAGCUACUGAAAUCACACACACCUUCUGGGAAAGAAACCUCCCUUCCGUUCCAGGCUUGAUGAAGAUUGUUGGAUUUUCCACAUCAGUAACUGCCCUGUGUUUUCUGGCAUAUAAGUUUAGGCUGCUAGAACGACCCUAAAGUAUGCUCCCUGCUUACUCUUUUCCAUUACCAUCAGAAGGAAAAAUGUUGACAAAUUAAUGGCUGUGUCUCACUAGACUAUUGUUAAGUGCACUGGAUAUAACCCCUUAUUUAGUCUGUGUUAAAGUAAAAACAACUCACAGAAUCACUUCAUUAAAAUCAGUAAAGAGCAUGUUCUGUCUUAUUUGUCUGUGUAGACUAAUUCCUGUUGAUUGGUGGAAUAAAACUUUGUGAUCAGUUUCUUAAUUUCAAGUUAAAGUGCCCUUCAGAAACAACUUCUAUGUCCUGUUUUUCUCCCCUUUAACAUAAAAUGCCUGAUGAUUGCAGAAAUGAAGCAUUUAACUUUUUGUAGAGGUUGAAUAGGUGAAGGUCCAGCUUGUGACUGAUCUUUUCAGUCUUUAGGAAAUGGUGAGGUGUAGGUUCCAGAGUCCAGGGACUCACAGAUUCCUGAGGUAAGCAGCUCCCACUUUGGAUGAGGGAAUAGUACAUGAAAGCAGUGGAGGUAGACCAGACCAGUGGGUGGGGGAAUACAUUUUGUAGGUAGUUGCCUCAGUUAUCUCCUGACCACUUCUAAUUCCUGCAGUUUCUAGACAUGUAGUCUCAGUAUUAGCUUGCCUGUAUACUUUCUCAUUUUGUUUCUUAAAGAGGACAGUGUUUUCCAAGGCAUAAUGAUUAAAUUGGCUUUCUGUGACUUUUGUGCAGCUCCCCAGCAGAGCAGAGUGAACUAGUGCCAGGACUCUCCCCAUGAGGCCUCUCUGACUAGCUCUACAUGAAGCAUCAUCUCUUCUUCCUGGAAGAUGGCUAGACAUAACUUCAUUCAUCAUUGAUGAUAACAUUCUCUACCAAUUUCAGUAAAGCAGUAUUUUCAUUUUUUUUAGGUAGACCCUGGCUGUCUGAAAGCUCCUAGUGGCAUAUAUUUUUUCCUUUUUUCCUAUGACCAUAGUAGAAUUGGACAGAUCUGUUAACUUAAAUAUGUCUUCAACAUAGUUACCUUAGAGUAAAUGUUAACAUACCAAUUUCUCUCAAAUAACUGAAAUAGACAUUAAAAAUUUCUUAUUUGUUGAGACUAUCAGAUAAAGCAAGGGAAUUGGGGCUCUAUAUUAUAAAUUCACUUGCCUUAGUUAUUAAGAUUUAUAAAAGACAUGAAAUUGAGUGAUUUCACAUAUGAAGACUAAGUUCUCUAAGGAGUAAUGUGGACCAGAACAGUGCCCACCUCAUGUCUUUCCCAUUUUAAAAACCAUCGGACUUUUAAAGCUUCUUCCAAAGGUUUCAGCCACAAAACACUUCGUUUCUUAAUAUAAAUAUCUAAGGGAAAUAUCAACACAGAUGUGAUCAAAUAAAGCAGUUGAGAAGAUUCAGUGGACUCAGGUACAUAGGUGGUGGAUAGACAGUAACACCCUAUCAGGCAACAUAAAUGAAUGAACAUUUCAUUUGAAAUGAAGCUUCUAGCUAGCUGAAACUUACUCUUUUAUAUGCCAACAGUUUUAAGUAAAAUUUUUCAAGAACAUGCUUCUAAACAUUAUUAAACAAGCUAGACUCAAAUUAAUUUUAUUUAUCAGGUCACUUAUUCUAUGCUCAAUUAUUUUAUGCUUUUAUAAUAGUUGAUACCAUUGUGUUUGACUCUCUACAAAAUGUCACAAUUGUUUUACAGCUAUUCAGUCCACUGCUUCUUCUAUCUUCUCCCAUAUUCAGCAUUUCAUUUCAUAUCCUAGUUAUCUCCUAACACCCCUUAACAUAAUCUGUUUUAUUUAUUGAAUGAGAAUUAAAGGUUGCCAAAGGAAACCAAUCCAUUUAUUACAUAAUUAACCUUAUCAUAAAUUCAAAAUUAAGUCGUGACCCUGGUGUAAGGAUUUUAGGUAUUUGUUUUGCCUAUCCUAAGAGCAAAGAGCAAGAUUUUUCUGCUGCUCUUUACCUUUCAUUUGAAAAUUGUUUUAGCUAACUUAGGAGUUUUGGCAAUGUCUUGCGUAUGCUCUGAUACAUAAGGAGGUACCACAUAUACCAAACGGCUUAGAGAAAUCACAUCCCUGAUCUAUUUCAGUUGUUUCUGUUCACUUACUGAUUAACUUGGUUCUGACACACCUUAUGGGAAAAACUUAACUGGCAAGUUUUAACAGUAAUCAGGUUGAUAGCAUAUCCAAUUCUUGAAUGUUGAAGAACUCCUGAGUGUGCAAUUGCCCUCUUCUUAAACUUCUUAGAAAAGCCCUAUUAAGCUACAGAUUAUCAAAAUAGAUGUCAGUCCAGAUGUAUAUAAACAUGAAAUCAGAGCUGAGAACUCCCACCUUAUAUGAGAUUGUUCAACACCAAGAUAUCAUAGGUCUUUUCUCCAGUCCACAGAAACGAGUCAAUUUAAGUAGCUGAUAGAGUGUCACCCUUUUAAAGUGUCUGCUUCACACUUCUGAAGGCUGAGUUGGCCUUGUUCCUUUGUAACAUAAAAAAUUAGAUUUUAAAAGGUACCCUUUUUGUCACAACCAAUAAAUACAGACUUAUAGUACACUGAAGAAAAAAUAUUGCAGGACUGUGAACUACUUUUAGUUUGAUUGUGAACUUGGUGCCUAAUGUUCUGUCUGAAAUGUGCCCCAUUGCUACGUGUAGGAGUGUACAUAUGUGUUUGUUUUGCAAUUGAAGUACACUUUUGCCUGUGUGGCACUGUUUUGUUUGUUAAUAAAGUGCACUACCACCCCUGA